UUGUGUAGCCUAACGAUGCUGCUAAGCUAGCGAGUGUUGUCUGUCCGUGUACAGUGAGUUUGUCAGGCUAAAUCAGCCUUAAAAGUCUUUGGUUGGUUCAGUUUAACCUGCAGGAGUUUGUGAAGCUGCUGUAACAUGUUCUGCUGCGAUAGAGGAAAUAAAUUAAUGAACAAAGUGUCAGCAAAGUGAAAACGAAUUCACAGCAUUCCCCGGCGUCUUUACUGCAGAAAUGAAAUGUGGGGUAAAUCUGUCAAACAGCAGAGAAUUACAGCUAUUACAGGUGAUGAGUCGGAAAAAUAUUAACUGUCAGAGAAAGAAAAUAUGCAAGAGGAAUAAGAGUUAGAGAGGGGUCGACUCGCUAAAGUCACUCGGUCAGCCGAUUAGUGGUCAGUGGGAAAGCGAAUCGUCUACAGGCGUCCGAUUGAACAGAACCUGAAGCAGCCAGAUGCUGUUUCACUGUCAGAGGCUGUGAGAAGAUGAGUCUCCUUUUUCCAGAAGUGUAAAGGAUUACUUCAGGACACAGCUCGCACUUCAUCAGUCACAUCACGAUAUGAUGCGUAUCGUCACGUCUUCUGAAUCGCGGUGCAUCGUGUGACGGUGCAUUGUUACACCCCAAUUUCACACCAGCUGUAAGCUGCCACCACAGAUCUGUAAUCAUGACGGCAGAGGAGACAAUCAACAUCAAGGAGGCAGAGGUGAUAAAGCUGAUCCUGGAUUUCCUCAACUCCAGGAAGCUGCACAUCAGCAUGCUGGCCUUAGAGAAGGAGAGCGGUGUCAUUAACGGACUGUACUCUGAUGACAUGCUCUUCCUCAGGCAACUGAUUCUGGACGGCCAGUGGGAGGAGGUGAUGCAGUUCAUUCAACCUCUUGAAGGAAUUGACAAGUUUGACAAGAAAAGGUUCCGCUAUAUCAUUCUGAAGCAGAAGUUUUUAGAGGCCCUAUGUGUAAAUAAUGCCAUGUCUGCUGCUGAGGACCCUCAGAACCUAGAGCUCACCAUGCAGGAGGCAGUCAAGUGCCUCCACAGUCUGGAGGAAUUCUGCCCAUCCAAGGAGGACUACAGCAAGCUGUGUCUUCUCCUCACUCUGCCUCGCCUCACCCACCAUGCAGAGUUCAAAGACUGGAACCCGAGCACGGCACGUGUCCAUUGCUUUGAAGAAGCCUGCACCAUGGUAGCUGAGUUCAUCCCUGCAGACAGGAAGCUGAGCGAGGCAGGUUUCAGGGCGAGCGGAAACCGCCUCUUCCAACUGCUCAUCAAAGGCAUCCUAUACGAGUGUUGUGUUGAGUUCUGUCAGAGUAAAGCAACUGGUGAGGAAAUCACAGAGGGCGAGGUGUUACUCGGCGUGGAUUUGCUCUGCGGGAACGGCUGCGAUGAACUGGAUUUGUCGCUGCUCUCCUGGCUGCAGAACCUCUCUCCAGGUGCCUUCUCAUGCGCUUUCCAGCAGAAGACCCUCAACAUCCACGUGGACCGGCUGGUGAAGCCCAGCAAGGCAGGCUACGCGGACCUCCUGACUCCGUUAAUCAACCGCCUGUCUCCCUGCCCCACCUCGCCCUUCCGCCAGAGGCCUCACUCGGCCGACACCUACAUGUCCAGGUCUCUAAAUCCGGCUCUGGACGGUCUGUCCCACGGUCUGGCAGCGCAGGACAAGAGAGGCAUGGAGGCGAACAUGAAGUCUGCUCUCAGUCGGAGCCUAGUGGAGAAUAAUGUGCAUCAGCAGGAUGAUUCACCUGAGAGGAAGCACCCACAGAGGCUGGAUGGUCCCAAUACCACACGUACACCUCUGACCCCUGGAAAAGAUGGUGGGCCACCCUGCAGCACAGAGACAAAUGAGCAUUGUGACUCCACAGAGCACAUACAGGAGUUUUAUAGGCAGCGCCUCCGUGUGCAGCAACAUCUGGAACAGAAGCAGCAGCAGAGGCAGCUUUACCAGCAAAUGCUGCUGGAGGGAGGGGUGAAGCCACAAGAUGGAGCCCAACACAACCUCACUGAGACUUUCCUCAGCAGAUCCAUUCAGAAGUUGGAGGCGAUGAACGUCAGCAUUGACCACAGAGGAGAUGAGGUGAUGUCACAUCUGGGCCAGCAGUGGAACGGACUGACAGGAAACAACGGUACCUCAAGUCCCAGGACUACCAACACACGCCACACUCCAGAUGCAGGGCUGCCAAGGGACAAGCCAGGUGGUGUGAGCAGCAGCACCCCAUUAAGGACCGGGAGCCAUGGCUUGCCCUCCCUCAGCGAGUCUCCAGUUCCUGCCAGUCACAGUGCUGAGAGGAUCAGAGCAUCUUGCCCCACUGCACAAGAGGAUUCUAGCUGUUCUGCGACACGUAACAUACAAGAGCCUGGGAAGUCCAAAACACAGUUUGUUAAAAUCAGCCAGCUGGAGGACACACAGGCAGUACGUGCAGUGGCCUUCCACCCCUCAGGAGCGCUCUAUGCUGUUGGCUCCAACUCAAAAACCCUGAGAGUCUGUGCCUACCCUGAAACCGUGUCCACCAGUGGUUCUGGUGCAGUCAAGCAGCCUGUUGUGCGCUUCAGGAGGAACAAACAUCACAAGGGCUCAAUCUACUGUGUAGCCUGGAGCCACUGUGGACAACUGCUGGCCACUGGCUCCAAUGACAAAUAUGUCAAAGUCCUGCCUUUCAGUGCAGACAGCUGCAAUGCCACAGGCCCAGACCUGGAGUUCAGCAUGCAUGAUGGUACCAUCAGAGACUUGGCUUUCUUGGAGGGCCCUGAGAGUGGAGGGUCCAUCUUGAUCAGUGCCGGAGCUGGAGACUGCAACAUUUACACUACUGACUGUCAGAGAGGACAGGGUCUUCAUGCGCUGAGUGGACACACUGGUCACAUUCUGACUCUGUACACAUGGGGAGGGUGGAUGAUCGCUUCUGGCUCGCAGGACAAGACGGUUCGUUUCUGGGACCUGCGGGUGCCCAGCUGUGUCCGGGUGGUGGGCACAACUCUGCACGGCUCAGGAAGUGCAGUUGCUUCAGUGGCAGUGGAUCCCAGCGGGCGCCUGCUGGCCACCGGUCAGGAGGACAGUACCUGCAUGUUGUACGACAUCAGAGGAGGACGCAUAGUUCAGACAUACCGGCCUCACAGCAGUGACAUCCGCUCAGUGCGCUUCUCACCAGGAGCCCAUCACCUUCUGACUGGCUCCUAUGACAACAAAAUAAUCAUCAGUGACCUGCAAGGUGACCUGACAAAGCCCCUCCCUCAGACAGUGGCAGGAGAACACUGGGACAAAGUGAUCCAGUGUAGGUGGCACCCCCAUGACCGGACCUUCCUCUCCUCCUCUGCAGAUCGAACAGUCGUCCUCUGGGCUCCGGGCCCCUGAGAGUCCAACAGAGAAACACUGGUUAACAACAACAGCAGCAGCAGCAAGCACAAGAAGGCAGUGUGCACAUACAAGGGAUCCAUUUACUAUUACGGGGAGUGAGUAUGUGUGUUUGUGUGCAUACAUACGGUAUGCAUACAUAUCGUGAGCAUCAAGCUGUUUAUAUGUUGCUCAGUUUAAAGUUAACUG